AUGUCUCAGCAAGUGAACCAGCACUUUACCGGUCUUCCACCUUUGGCUACGGCCUGCGGUUUAUGUGGAGAUAUAAUCCACAGCUUUACAUAUACUCAGGUCUCGGAGAUCGUUUAUCACAAAUCACCCGACGUGUUCUCCAAAGAAAACCCGUGGAUCUACGGAAGAUCAACAGAUCUGGAUGACAUACACUUUGAUGAACUAUGGGUAUGGUCUAGCGUGUUUCGAGCGAUAAUGUGCAGGAUGGAGCAAGGGACGCUCACACUCCAUCUUUCUGGGGUUGGCGAGCUCAAAGAAGUUCAGCUGAUUAGUCUACCGGAUGAUGAACAGAUAAUGGCUUUGUUCAACCACCGAGACUUCGAUCAACUCCGCCCACCACGGCCGACUCUUUUCACAACAUGGGAAAACCCAAAGGCAUUUACUAUGCAUGAACGAUGCUGGCAGCUCAUGACUCGAAUUCUCGAUGUGAGACUGAUUAAACAAAACAUGGAGAUUUUUGUUCGCGCGAUGUGUGAUCCGUGGCUUGGUCCGCACCUAAGGCCGUUCUGUCAUCUAGGUCACCCAUCUCAAAAGGCGAGGCAGUGGCGGGAGUUUAUUUAUCGCCUACCAAAGGAAUACCACCGGAAUGUUCGAUCAUUUUACACUCUUGGUGUUGGAUACCCUCGCCGGUUGAAUCGUCACUUUAGCGGCGCAGACCCUCUGAACGACCCCUUUGUCCAAGGUGUGAUGCUCAUCAAGCAGGUAGAUAGAGUGAUUGAGGACACAUCACAGCGCUCGAUAUCUACACAUCCAAUGUCCCGGAGAUCCCAGUCUUCUUUCAAUCUCAGUCACAUCUUUCUGCCGGCUGAGCUCGUCUUGAUCAUUGCAGACUUUUUGGAACACCGCGAGCACAUUCGAGCUAUGAUUUCGAUCUUUCCGACUUGGUAUUCAAUGAUACCAGAUAGCUAUUGGAGACGGCGGUUCAUCAACGAUAACUGUCUGAAAGAUGGAGAUUUCCCUGCAGCUGAUGCUCUGGAUUGGCAGCAUGUCUAUCUGGAUAGUGAUAGGCUACUAUCGUCUUCCUUAGGGUGGCGGAAUCGCCAGCGUAUCUUGAAGCAACUCAGAAAAGCAAAAGAGCGAUUUAUGCAAGCCUUGGAGGAGCAGAGCAUCGAAAACUGA